UUUGAGCAUCGCAGAUCAACUCCACUGGCCAGUCCUGAACAAAGUGAUGAUGAAUGGUCAUUUUCUGAUAUCAUCAACCAUUCUGGUGAUAUGUCAUGGAGUCCAGGGGAGGAGAUGUUGAGCGAGUCCUCUGAGGAGGAACCAGAAGAGCUGGAAUCUCUCAGUGACCCAAAUGCUGUUGACAAGUUCAUUUUUUGCCAGAGGCAGUUGCUGUCCUUAUUCACGGUUUGCCCUGAAUGCUGUGGGGAAACCAAGGGACACAUAAUGCACCCGGAAGGAACUUUUAUAAAAGUCAAGCAGGCCUGCGGAACUUGUGGUUAUGAGCGUUACUGGCAAAACCAAGAGAAGGUGCAUCGAAACAUGCCUGCCUGCAACCUUUUAUUCAGCAGUGCCAUCCACUUCUCAGGUUGCAUGGCUACUCAGACAAUCAGGAUGCUGAAGCUGUUUGGACUGCAGUGCAUAAGUCCCAGCACUUUUUUCCGCCAUCAGCGGUAUUACACUAUCCCUACCAUUGUGCAGGCCUGGAGGAAUGAGCAGAGGGGGAUCAUCAGGGAGUUGAAGGAGACUGGGGGUGGAUUGAUCCUGUCUGGUGACUGCAGAUCAGAUUCUCCUGGACACUGUGCCAAAUAUGGUAGCUACUCCUUGAUUGAGGAUCGAAUUAACAAGGUUUUGGAUGUUCAACUUGUCCAAAGCUCAGAAGUCCCAAGCAGCUCUUGAUGUGAGCUAGAGGGUCUAAAGCGGAGUAUGCAGUUCCUGAUGGACCAAGACAUGCAAGUGUCUGCUCUGAUAACAUACAGAAAUCGGCAGGUGGCCAAGUGGGUACGUGAGAAAAUGUGUUCAGAAGGAACAAGGCAUUUCUUUGACGUCUGGCAUAUUGGGAAAAGUGUACAGAAAGCACUGGAUGCUGCUGCAAAAGAGAGGGACUGUGAGGAUCUGAAGCUGUGGAGGCCAGCCAUUAUCAACCAUCUCUACUGGGCCGCAGCUUCCACCCCUACAGGAGAUCCAGAUGAGAUGCAGGCAAAAUGGCAGAGUAUGAUAAAUCAUGUACAGGACAUACAUGAACACAGCACUCCUGCAAUUACCAGCUGCGCACAUCCACCGUUGGAAGGAGAGGCAAGAAACAAGGAGUGGCUGGAACCAGGAUCACCAGCAGCCACUAAACUGGAGAGUGUAGCUGCCAGGAAAGCACUGGUAAAGGAUAUUCGACAAUUGUCACCUCAGCAUCAGACAUUCUCCCUGGAGGCCUACCAUUCCCUCAUUCUGCACUUUGCUCCCAAACACACUGGCUUUUCUUUUCUUGGGAUGUACAGCAGGUAGUGUUAUCACUUAAAAGUAUCGAUACUAAUAAAAUUAGGUCUUUUUUUCAAUUUCAGGAUAUUGCAAUACUUUUGUAGCAGGUAAAUGAUGACAGAAUGAAUAUGGCUAAAAA